AUGGCCAUCACCGGCGACAAUUCGCCCAAUGUGGCGGGCAGCGUCAUCAUGUUGACCGUCCUCGCCUUCGUUACCUACGGCCUGCGUGCGUAUUGUCGUAUCACGAGGAGAUCGUGGUCCACAGAAGACUGGAUCAUGACAGCGGCUUUGGUUCCGUUCUGUGUUCUUGUAGCAGGCUGCGUUGGAGGCGCUUUCAAUGGCAUUGGCGUUCAUGCAUCACGACUCUCGGAGCCCGGAAAUGAGAAAUACCAGGCCGAAGGACAAAAGUUCUUUCUUAUAUUCGAAGUCGGCUAUUGUGCCGCCAUCAUCCCCAUCAAGCUCAGCAUCAGCUGGAUGUUGAUCCGAGUAGCUGAAGGGCGGAAGAAAUAUGUCUAUAUACAAUACGUUGUUAUCGCCCUCUUCUCCACCAUGAACAUCAUUGCGUUGAUCUUCAUUCUCACCAACUGUAUUCCGGUUGAGGCCGCCUGGGACACGAGUCUGCUUGAGAACGGGGGACACUGCCAACCUGCUCAUGUUCUCGCCGACGCCUACUACGCCUGUACGGCCGUGAACAUUGUCACAGACUGGGUGACUGCCAUCAUGUUUGUGCCAAACACAAUCCCUGAAUUGCAGAACUGUCGACUAACUCCAGCCAGGCCGAUCCCCCUACUAUGGAACGUCCAGCUUGAUAAGCGCAGUAAGAUGGCCGUCAUCGGCCUGAUGAGUCUCGGUGUCUUUGCUUCCCUCUCCGCAUGCGUCCGUCUCAAGUACACGGUCAACCUAACCAACCAGGACAACUACCUGUUCGCCAUUGCUGACGUCGUCAUCUGGGGUUUCGCCGAAAACGCCAUCGGCAUGAUCGUCGGCAACAUCGCAACCCUCCGCCCCCUCUUCCACCAAUUCUUCGACCGCACCUUCCGCCGAACAGGCUAUACCAGCAGCCGCAGUCGGUCACGAUUCCCUUCCAACUACGAGCUCUCUCAGCACGGCGGCAAGAGCGAUCCCGGAAAUGCAUACCUAUCUACUGUUACUGAAGUGCAUGGCGCUCCCGGCCGAGGCAGGCAAGAUAGUCAACUAAGCGACGAUGACAGCCAGAAGAUGAUAAUUCAUGGUGCGGCGGCCCGGGGUCAUAAUGAUAUUAUGGUCAGUCGGCAGGUUAAUGUUACCUACGAUGCCUAG